AUGUCGACACAGAGCCCUUUAUCUGUGCUGGGUUACAAGCCACUGACAUUACCUUCUACUAGAUGUCUAGGAGACGCUCUUGCUCAAAGGCUCUGCGAGUCAACAAAAAUCCACAAUCUCUUCGACUGCCUUCCAUCAACUCUGGAACCCGCGAUCUUUUCGCCUGAUUCAUCGACGCCUCCGUUGACCCAUGCCGACCUUCGUUCUUUCUUGUCCAAGUUCACAUUACCUUCCUCCUACCCUCUGUCACAUAGUGACAGGGUAGCUAUACUUCUUCCUAACGGUCCCGUAAAUGCCGUCGCGUUACUCUGCAUAGCAGCUUAUUACACAUGCGCACCGAUGAAUGCGAGCUGUACAUCCGCAGAACUCAGGGAGGAUAUCGUCCGAUUGGGGGUUAAAGUGGUCCUGACGACGAGGGAUCUAGAGCGACGUCUCGAUCUUCGGUCAAUAGCGGACGAGCUCGACUGUAGUGUGGUCUACGCCGACUCACGUCGUUCUGGAUCUGUAGGGUUAUUUGAUCUCAAGUUAUCGUCGGAAGGAAGGAAGGGUCGAGUGAGACCUUCUUCUUCAUGGUCGUUGUGGUCGCCUGUACUGAAUAACCUGGACGAUAAAUGCAUGGUGCUGUGCACCUCAGGCACAAGUGGAAAGAAGAAGGUCGUCCCUUACACCUUGAAGUGUUUAAUAAUCGGCAGCUGGGCUGUUGUGCAAUCUUGGAAUUUGAAACCUUCAGAUGUGAAUCUAAACAUGAUGCCGCUAUUUCACGUUGGAGGUGUCGUCAGGAAUCUGUUGGCUCCUGUCUUUUCAGGUGGAUCGACCAUCGUAUGUCCCGGCUUUGACGCAGUUGCGUUUUGGUCGAUAUGCUCGAAGCUACAGGCUACCUGGUACUACGCAGCUCCGACGAUCCACAAUGCAAUUUUAGCUUCCCAACCAAGUAACAUAGUACCAUCUAAGGAUCUGAGCAUCCGAAUGAUUUGUAACGCUGCCGGCGGCCUCCUUCCAUCACUGGCAUUGGAACUCAAAGAUCGUUUCUCGGGUGCGGUUGUCCUACCUUCCUAUGGGAUGACAGAAUGCAUGCCAAUCGCCUCACCACCAACAACCUACCAACUAGACCGCCCUGGAUGCUCUGGGAUCGCUUGCGGUCCACAUAUAUCGAUUCGAGACCCACGGGACCUGGAACGCCAGCUACGAACAGGUGCCCAUGGCGCCGUUUCAGUCCGUGGUUUCCCAACGUUUUCUGGUUACGAAACCUCGCCGGACCCUGAAGUCCCUUUAGACACUUCGAUCUUCACAAGCGAAGGCUGGUUUGACACGGGAGAUGUCGGGUAUCUCGAUGAAGAUGGGUACCUGUUCAUCACGGGCAGGUCGAAGGAGAUUAUUAAUAAGGGUGGUGAGGUUAUCUCGCCGUUUGAGGUUGAGGAAGCUGUUAGUAUAGCUGGGAAAGGUAUUCUCAAGGCGACGUUGGCCUUUUCAGUUGAACACGAUGUCCUUCAAGAGGCUGUUGGCUUGGUCAUUGUGCCCGCUGAUAAUCAAGCACGGCUCAGUUUGCAACAGCUACAUAGCCUGGUCAAGGAUUCUCUACAUCCUUCCAAGUGGCCAUUCGUACUUGUCUACAUGGAUGAUGUACCCAAAAACAGUGCAGGAAAGCCCCUCCGUAUUAAUCUCUCUAAGAGGCUAAGACUCGGGUGCUUUUCUGAUGAUGUGCCCUCCAUUGGACGACAUUUCGAGGCUCAGCUAUCAAAUGUGCCUACAGGAAUUUCAGCAACCAUCCCCUGCAGGCCAGUGUCUAUCGACUGCUCUGCUAUCCACAAGCUGGUAUCCGAGAUCAGAGGAGUUUCGGAAGCCGUAGUCCGCCUUGACUCGGAUGGAAUACCUGAAGCCUUUGUGUCGGUCAAAGCUAGCUAUUCAAUCGAACCUGCCUCUAUCAUUACCUCCUUAUCAGCCUCUCUCCCUGGUUACGCCCUUCCACAGAUUCAUCUCUCCAACUACGCUUUCCCCAGGACUUCAGAUGGAUCAAUCGACUUCUUGUUGUUGGAAAAAUACGAGUUAUCACAGACUAGCUCAAGUAUGUCCGACACCUCUCUUCUCGUACGCGACAUCAUCGCCGACCUACUAAAUAUUGAACGCACGAAAAUCACACUUGAAUCCGACUUUUUCCUCCUCGGCGGGAGCUCCCUCCUCUUGGGAAAACUAUCCUAUCAACUCCGGAAAAGUACUGGGGUGGAUGUCAACAUCACGUCGUUGUUUACCAACAGUACUGUCGCUGGGAUUACCUCUCUCAUCAGUGUUGAGAAAAAGACUUCUGCUGAGUUCGAUAGUCAGUCAACUCUCGACGCCUGUACAGGUCCAGAUUUCAUGGAAAAAUUGCCUCCGAUCUCCCGCCUAUCGUCAUUUUUGGGGGACUUCACAGUGUCGACCAAGAGGAGGGGUCAAAACCAUCCGUUCGUUCUAAUUGUUCAAUCGUUACCCUUCAUAUUCUUUUAUCCACUCAAAGCCGCCCUGACAUGGACGGUCUUUUUAUUCAUACUGGCAGCAUUUGCGCCUUUCAUUGAUCGUACAUUCUUUGUCCGAAUUGGAGGUUUACUGUUUGCUAUGAUAGCUUCUCGUAUGGUUAUGCGUAUCGUGGCCCCAGUUGUUGCGAUUCUUUUUAAAUGGAUUAUCAUAGGAAGGUACAAACCAGGAGUAUACCCGAUGUGGUCGAAUUAUUAUCUCCGGUGGUGGAUAGUCAAUCAAGCUUUGAUGACAGCCGGCCGUGGAGUUUUCAGUCUCACCUCUCAACUCGGAAUUAUUUACUACAGACUUUUAGGCGCAAAAAUCGGUUGGGAUGUUAGUAUCGACGACCGAGCUCAGUUAGGGGAAUUCGACCUCCUCACACUUCAAGAUGGGUGUAGGAUUGACCAUGCACUCGUCCGAGGAUUUUCCGUUGAGCGUGACGGGCUAUUUCGUCUGGCGCCUAUCGUUAUUGGCGCCGAUUCGUCCAUCAAUACAAUGACUCAUAUAAGCCCUGGCUCUACGAUUCCUGAAAAAUCGGUUUACGGUCCUCAAUCCUCUACCGUCGAAGGGCCUUCACCACCCGAGUUCGCUGCGUAUAAUCGUGCGGCCAUCGCACAACCACAUUGGGCAUUACGGGUCUUUGUCGGAUGGCCCAUCUUCGGGUUCGUUUAUUUCGUAUCUCUACUUCCAUGGCUCGUAAUUCUGUGGAUAAUGUUCGAAGAAACCUUUCGCCUCAUCGAGGACCAGAACGUCCUCAUCUCUGUUAUCUUCUGGUUUGCGAACCCCACCCGGGUUGCCUUUCACGUCGUAGCCAAGGCAGUCAGAGCCGUCGUCUCUCCCUUGAUCCAGUUGAUGCUAGGAAUCGUGGUCAAACGGAUCUUUGGGUUGAACACCGAAUGCCGUGGGACACCGUCUCAAAUAUUUUUACUUCGACGGUUUCUAAGUUCGAAUUUAUUAUCGCAGCAAAAACUUAGACAAGCAUUUGCGAUUCUCGGGUCGCAUUAUGAAGUGGUGUCGAUAGUCUACCGUGCGAUGGGAGCCAAAAUCGGACGUCGAGUUUACUGGCCAGGAACUGGGAUCAACUGUAUGGACCCUGAGCUACUGGAGAUCGGUGACGAUGUCGUUUUCGGUUCUCGUUCAGAGAUCUUUACCAGCGAUGGGAUUGGUUCAGAGAAGAUUGUCAUUGGGAGAGGAGCUAUGAUUGCCGACCGUGUCGUACUACUACCCGGUACCCGUGUGGGUGAAGGAACUGUUAUGGGUUCCGGUACGUUGGGCACCCGCAACGGGUACUACUGUGAUGGCUCUGUAUGGAUGGGAAGCAAGAAUGGCAAACCACUUUGUCUGAAGAGCGGUACACCCCCGGGAGCGUUAGGCAACACCGGCGACACCACUACUCCAUUCGGACGAGCGUUCUACCAAAGCAAAGCACCGUAUUUUGUCUUUCCAUACCCUCUCCUUGUCCUCAUCAAUGUAAUGGUCACAUCCUUUUGUGCGAUAUACUGGUCGGCCCCAGCCAUAAUCAGUGCCCAAGUCCUCCGCAUCCUCUUUAUACACGCACCUUCCUUACCACUUUUCACUCCCACACGGUACCAAUUGGCGAUCGUAUAUCCUCUUGUUGCUGGAAUAUACGUUGCAGUUCUACAUCUCCAAGCAUUACUCGCUUUUGCCUGGGUCAUUCUGAUGAAGUGGGUGGUGAUAGGCCGUAGACGUGUAGGGCAGUACAAUUGGGAUGUAAAUUCCUAUUGUCAGCGGUGGCAACUCCAUCUGGUGCUCUCCCGUCUUGUCAAUAAAGCUUUCAAAGGCGGGUUGUUGACGCCUAUCUCGGGCACUGCAUUCAUUGUUUGGUAUUACAGAGCGAUGGGUGCGGCUAUUGGGAAGAACUGUUCGAUAUUUACUGGUGGUCGCCUAGGCUUAAUGACGGAGCCUGACCUCGUGGAGCUUGGGAACGACGUAUCACUCGACAAUUGUUCCGUCGUGGCACACGUUAAUUCCAGAGGUCAGUUUUCACUGAAUCAUCUCAAGAUUGGAAAUAGUUGUGCGAUGCGGAGUGGAUCGAGGUUACUUUCCGGAGCUUCCAUGGAGGACCGAAGUAUUUUAUGUGAGCAUACACUAUUAACGUCGGGGGAGGUCGCUGUGACUGGCACUGCGUAUACCGGCUGGCCUGGGCACGUACAUAUCGCAUAA